GCUUGUUUUAUCCCUUCAUAUUUUUAGGCACUUCCCUCUUUCAUGAACAAUGGCAGAAGCAACAAAAAGGUAUGCUGUUGUCACAGGAGCAAAUAAGGGAAUAGGAUUUGCAAUAUGCAAGCAAUUGGCUUCUAAUGGGAUCAAUGUGGUGCUAACAGCCAGAGAUGAGAAGAGGGGUCUUGAAUCUGUUGAGAAACUCCAAGAGCUUGGUCUGCCUGGCAAUGUUGUUUUUCAUCAACUUGAUGUCACAGAUUCUGCAAGUAUAGCAUCACUUGCAGAUUUCAUCCGGACCCAAUUUUGUAAACUUGAUAUCUUGGUUAACAAUGCAGGGAUACCUGGAGCAAAUGUAGACGGUGAGGCUUUGGCUGCUGCAGAUAAAAAUGCUGGCCAUGUUGAUUGGCGUAAAAUAGUAACUGAAAACUAUGAAUUAGCUGAAGCAGGUCUUAAAACAAAUUACCAUGGAGCCAAGGAAUUGACCAAAAUGGUUAUUCCCUUUCUCCACUUAUCAGACUCACCAAAAGUUGUCAAUGUUUCAGCAUACAUGGGAAGGCUGGAGAAGAUACCAAAUGGAUGGCCUAAGGAAGUACUAAGUGAUGUUCAAAACCUUACAGAGGAAAAGAUUGAUGAUAUUUUGAAUGAAUUUCUAAAGGAUUUUAAAGAAGGUUCACUAGAAACCAAAGGGUGGCCUCUCGGUAUGUCUGCAUAUGCUAUCUCAAAAGCUGCCCUGAAUGCCUACACAAGGAUUCUGGCUAAGAAGUACCCUUCAUUCUGCAUCAAUGCUAUUUGUCCUGGCUUUGUGAAAACGGAUAUGAACCACAAUACUGGUGUUCUAACACCUGAUGAAGGUGCUGAAGGGGCUGUGAGGUUGGCACUGCUAUCUAAUGCUGGUCCUUCUGGCCUCAUUUUCUUUCAAAGUGAAGAGGGAUCAUUUUGA